CCACCCCCCUUUUUUUUCUCCGAAGCCUCUGCUUUAAAGGGGAAAAAAAAAAAACGCUGCUUGCAGACCGUGGAGCCAUGGAGCCGAGGGAAUUGCCGAACGGGGGAGUCGCCGCCAUUGGGGAGAGUCGCCAGGAGGUGUGGUGAGGAACUUACUGACCUUGGCAAGUUGAGCUGUUGUUGUGUCUAGAGAAAGUUCCUGAUAAGGAAGAGAUUAGUCUCGUGAGAGCUGGGGAGUAGUCCGCAGCCCGAGCGGGCCUACGCAACAAACCGGAAGGAAAUCCGGGGAGCCGGAAAAGAAGAGACACACACACCAACAAGUGCGACACCCAAGGAACAAGAAGGCACUCUCUUAGGUUCCGCAGCGUGCACAGGAAAUUGAAGGAUGGACGUAAAAUAAGAAUAUAAAGGGUGCGACCAGCGGAAAAUCGAAACUAUUAAUACAAUGACUUCAUCGAAAGGAAGAACAGAUAAAGACUGGAGGGACCUGAAAGUUCCAGCAAGAAGAAACUCAGUCUCCGCGAUGGAGGAAGUUAAUCUCCGGGACCUUCUCAGAGAGAUCCAGAGUGUCUCGGGGAAGCAAGACAUAAUCCAGAAAGAAGUUCAGGCAAUCGCAACUAAACAGGAUAUUCAACAUAAACAAUUCCAGGAGGAAAUGGCUGAACUUAAAAGGGAAUUGAGAGAGGAAUUGGGUUCUUUGAAGGAGGAGAUCCAAAAAAAUGCAGACGAGAUUCAAGAUUUAAAAACAGAAAGCGUAAAGGCAGAGAAAAUGAAUAACAAACUGCAAAGGAAAGUGGAAUCGAUAGAGGCGAGAAGCAGCAGGUUGGAAAAAAUGCAAGAAAGGAUUGAAACAAACGAGUCAGAAUACCAACUCAGACUCCGUAACGUCCACGAAGAACAAAAAGAGAAUAUUAAAUCUAUAAUAUCACAAUUGAUUGCAAGGCUAAUGGACUGCCAGGAGAAAGAAGUAGAUUUGCAAAUCGAUAAGGUCUAUCGUAUAAACACUAACUUUGCUAGAAAGAAUAAAGUAGCGAGGGACGUAAUUGUACAUUUUGUCAGAAAGAGUUUCAGAAAUGAAGUUCUGCAAAACAACAGAACCAAGACUAUGACAUAUAAUGAUAAAAAGGUAGUUAUCCUUAGAGAAUUCCCCUUGUCAGUCUUGAACAGACGGAGGAAAUAUUUUUUUCUCACGGACGAACUGAAACGAUUGCAGAUAAGAUUUCGAUGGGAAAAAUAUGAAGGCAUCAUGCUAACAUAUAAUGGCGAAAGGACCUGGAUUACGUCGGAAGAGAAAGCGGAUGAGUUUUACAGAAAGCUAAAAAAAGAUCUAGCCCAGAUACAAACGCCACAAUCGGCUGGAAAGGGGAAAAACCCUAAGGGUUCAAAAAAAAGGAGAUUCGAGUCUCCAAAGGAAGACUACACCACUUCGACGUCGACUCGGAUAGCCAAAGAAGACGAAGCGAGCAGACUAUCGGAUAAAGAGGAGGAGGAAGAUGAAGAACUUUUAAAUGAGUGAUUUCAAACAACCAAUAAAACUAUUUUCAAACAAUAUUAACGGUUUGAAUGUCCCCAGUAAGAGAAAGAGAGCGUUUAACUAUUUAAUACAUAACAACUUUAAUAUCAUUGGUUUGCAAGAAGUCCACAUCUCCCAAAAACAUUAUAAAUAUCUAAUAAAUAAAAAAUUAGGAAAAGAAUACUUCUCCCUAGACAGGAAAAAAAAAGGGGAGUAGUUAUAUAUGUAGAUGAAAAAUUUAAAUCAGAAUUAGCAUUCAAAGAUCAGGAAGGCAGAAUAAUAGCGACAAAGAUCAGCAUAGGUUCUGAAACAAUAUUACUAUGCAAUAUUUAUGUACCAAAUGGCCCAAAAAGGAAGUUUGUGAAAUCGCUGAGACAGUAUAUUGCCCAGAGUAAUUUUGAUCAUGUGAUUUUAAUGGGUGAUUUCAAUGGUAUAAUAGAUAAGAAUUUGGACAAAUCAAAUGUACAAAAGAGAAAGGAAAACAACUCACUCCCACAAAAUUUUAUGGCAUUCAAAAAAGAGUAUGAUUUGCAGGAUAUAUGGAGAAUUAGAAACCCAAGUCAGAAGGAUUAUACCCAUUUUUCAAACAGGCAUAAAUCCUGGUCUAGGAUUGAUAUGAUUUGGGUAUCAAAAACAUUGGCUACGAAAAUUAAUGAUUUAAAGAUCAUGUCUAGAGAUUUGUCAGACCAUAGCCCAUUAAUUAUGGAAAUAAAUGUUAGGAGUACUACUAAAAAAUGGAGAUUAAAUGACAAUAUGAUUAAAAAGGAACAAGAUAUUAUUAAAUUGAGAGAAAUGACCAAAGAAUAUUUUAAGUUCAAUGACACGCCGGAGAUAACACCUAAAAUUAUAUGGGAUUCCUACAAGGCGGUGGCCAGAGGAUUUUUUAUCCAACAAAAAGCAAUACAAAAUAAACAUAAAUAUCAAAGAUUAAAAGAACUACAAACAGAGAUCGAUAGUAAAGAGAUGGAAUUAAAAACUAACCCAGGAAACGAGAAAAUUGUUAAACAAUUAGGGGUGUUAAAAAAUCAAAAGAAAAAUUGGGAUCUAGACAAAUUAGCAAAUCAGAUAAAAUGGACAAAACAGUAUGGAUAUGAAAAUGCCAAUAAGCCGGGAAAAUGGCUAUCAAGAUUAAUUAGAAAAAAAAGGGAAGCGCAACAAAUAUUACAAAUCAAAUUAAAAGAUAGAGAGAUAAAUACUGAUAAGGAGAUAAGAGAGGAAUUUAAAAAAUACUAUAAAGAACUAUAUGACAAGGAUCAAAUUAGCCAAGAUGAUAUAGUAGAAUAUCUAUGCCAACAAAAACUACAGAAGAUUACAGAUGAACAGAGGUUAAAUUUAAAUAAGGUAAUAGAUAUCGACGAAAUUAAAAAGGCAAUAAAGGAUCUAGAUGCAAACAAAGCGCCAGGCCCCGAUGGGUUCAUUGCAGGCUUCUACAAAAUUGAGCAGGACGUUGUCCUUCAACACUUAAAAAAAAUAAUGAACCUGGCCCUAACUGAUAAGACCAUACCAGAUACUUGGAAGGAAGCUGAAAUCAUAAUGAUACAUAAAGAGGGGAAAGACCCGAGGGAUGUAAGAAACUAUCGUCCAAUCUCCCUGUUAAAUACAGACUAUAAGAUUUUCACGAAAAUAUUAGCGAAUAGACUAACAGAAUUUCUACAGACAUGGAUUGAAGAAGACCAGACGGGGUUCUUACC